AUUUCACCAAAACGACAGAUCCUACCAACACAAAACGACAACCCAGAAACAUCCUCUCCUUCACUGGAGUCCAACGCGACCCACAAAUCAGUUAAAUCACCUUAAUUGGUUUCCCUCACUCCUCCGUAAUCCAAUAUUCGCAAACAGACCUCAAAACCCAUCAUCAACAACCCACUUUCCAGAUUCUUUCUUCACUCCCCCACCACUAAAAUAAGAACAGCUUUCAUGUAAAUAUAGAGAAAAUUGAAAGAGAGAACAAAGAAGGUUGAGAAUUUGUUGAAAGAAAAAAUGGAUGAAAAGCUAUUAGAUGAUAUAAUAAGGAGGCUGCUGGAAGUCAGAGGAAGGCCAGGGAAGCAGGUGCAGCUCUCUGAGGCCGAGAUCAAACAGUUGUGUCUGGUUUCCAAAGAUAUUUUCUUGCAACAGCCUAAUCUUUUAGAGCUUGAAGCACCCAUUAAGAUUUGUGGUGAUAUUCAUGGUCAAUAUUCUGAUCUCUUGAGGCUUUUUGAAUAUGGUGGCUUGCCUCCGGAAGCAAAUUACUUGUUUUUGGGUGAUUAUGUAGAUCGUGGCAAGCAAAGUCUGGAGACGAUAUGCCUGCUACUUGCUUACAAGAUAAAAUAUCCAGAAAACUUUUUCUUGUUAAGAGGAAACCACGAGUGUGCUUCUAUAAACCGUAUAUAUGGGUUUUAUGAUGAAUGCAAAAGAAGAUUUAAUGUUAAAAUAUGGAGGGUUUUCUCAGAAUGUUUUAACUGUCUACCAGUGGCAGCCCUGAUUGAUGAGAAGAUUCUCUGCAUGCAUGGAGGCCUUUCUCCUGAUCUUCAAAAUUUGGAUCAGAUAAGGAACUUGCAACGACCAACUGAUGUACCAGAUGCAGGCUUGCUAUGCGAUCUUCUCUGGUCAGAUCCCAGUAAUGAUGUUCAAGGAUGGGGGAUGAAUGACCGGGGAGUUUCAUACACUUUUGGCACUGAUAAGGUGACAGAGUUUUUGGAAAAGCAAGAUUUAGAUCUUGUUUGCCGUGCUCACCAGGUUGUAGAAGAUGGUUAUGAGUUCUUUGCAAACCGGCAGCUUGUAACCAUUUUUUCAGCCCCUAAUUACUGUGGAGAGUUUGACAAUGCAGGUGCCAUGAUGAGUGUAGAUGAGACUCUCAUGUGCUCCUUUCAAAUACUAAAACCUGCGGAAAAGAAAUCAAGAUUCAAUUUUGGGAGUACAACAUCAGCCAAGCCCAGUAACGCGUUUGGCAGUACAACCACAACUAAACCUGGAACACCAGGAGCUAAGCCUUUCCUUGGUGCAAUUUGAGUUCCAGUUCCAAAUCAUCAAGUGGCAGUACUUUGAAUUGCAUGCAUGGUCACCCCAGCAAGAUGGCUAUCUGCUAGAAAUUGAAGAUGCAUUUUGUUUCAUUGUACCAUGACAAAAUUGUAAAAAUUGAGACUAUAUCCUCCCACAAGGAAUACAAGAGUAAUUUUUUCCCCCGUGUAUGUUGGCUGUCGAGGAUGUAUUCUCAUCCUUUUCCUCUGUAUACUGCAGUAACUCCCACGCACCUAUCAAAUAUGUGUCAAAAUUAUGUGCCCACCAAUAACAGCGCAGGGAUUCUUGUCACA